CGUAGCGGCACGCAGGAGUCAGAGCUGACUGAGAGGGAGGGAAGGGCUAGAGAGCAAGGGCAUGGUUUUGUGUCUCUCCUCCCUGCGCAGCGAGAGGUUUGUGCCAGCCACCGUGCCUAGACCGAAGGUCUAAUGCUACUCUUUAUGGCUGGUACCAUUUCUUCAAGGAGAAGGAUGUUUGAAACUGGAAGUUGUAUCAUAAUUCAACUCUCCGCAAGUCUCACUCCCAUCUAACAGUUAGAGGUUGCUUUUAAUCCAGGAGCAGAAGCUAGGAAGGUCUUCUCACACUGCAGCUUUAUCCUUCAAGACCUCUCUCUUGUGCCUAGGCCUUCCCUGCUGCAGCUACAUCACCUGCAUGUAUCUCUGAUGGGAAGCUGCUGUAGGGGAGAGAGCGGACCCCAAAGUAGCAGAAAAAUCCCCAGAAUUUUCUGAGGAAAUACAGCAAGAUCUCCCAUACAAGAACAGAUCACUUACCAGUAAACAAUAUUAGGUAAAAGAUACUCAGCUUUGUUGAAGAUUGUGCUACUGUGACAAAUGUUGCUAACUGAGCGUCAUGCACCUUUACCUACUUUGGAGAGAAAUGGAGAGAACAGGCAGAGGGCGCAUCAUCGUUAACCAGGCGAGGACCCUCCAGCUCACUGCCAGACCCCACGUGCUCACCCACUGGGAGUCAGACUCCAAAGAUGGGAUUAAAUGACAGAACUGGGCAGCAUGUUUAAUACCUGGAAGCCGAUGUGGGUUGUACUCUUAGAAGAUGGAAUUGAAUUCUACAAGCGGAAGGCUGACAACAGCCCCAAAGGGAUGGUCCCACUAAAAGGAAGCUCUAUUAACAGCCCAUGCCAAGAUUUUGGCAAAAGAAUGUUUGUCUUCAAGCUCACUGCAGCCAAGCAGCAGGACCACUUUUUUCAAGCUGCCUACCUGGAGGAGAGAGAUGCCUGGGUCCGGGAUAUCAAGAAAGCAAUACACUGCAUAGAUGGAGGCCAAAGGUUUGCCAGAAAAUCCACAAGAAAGUCUAUCAGGCUGCCUGAAACAAUCAACCUGAGUGCUUUGUACCUCUCAAUGAAAGAUCCUGAAAAGGGAAUAAAGGAGUUGAAGCUGGAAAAAGAUAAAAAAGUGUUCAAUCACUGCUUUACAGGCACCUCUGUGAUUGACUGGCUGGUGUCUAGCAACUCCAUCCGAAAUCGCAAAGAAGGUCUCAUGCUUGCCUCUUCCCUCUUGAGUGAAGGCUAUCUACAGCCUGCAGGGGAUACGUCCAAGGCUGCUGCCGAGGGCCUGUCAGACACCCCCUUCUUAGAUCUCAGCGAUGCCUACUAUUACUUUCCAGACAGUGGGUUUUUCUGCGAGGGAAAUUCUAGCGAUGAUGAUGUGGUCCUGAAAGAAGAAUUCAGAGGCAUAGUAGUCAAACAAGGAUGUUUGCUGAAACAGGGACAUCGGAGGAAGAACUGGAAGGUGAGAAAGUUUGUUUUAAGAGAGGACCCUGCGUAUCUUCACUACUAUGAUCCUGCUGGAGGAGAAGAGCCGUUAGGAGCAAUUCAUUUGAGAGGCUGCGUGGUGACAGCAGUGGAAGAUAUGCCAGACUCCAAGAAGUAUGAUGUUGACAACAUCCUCUUUGAAAUCAUCACAGCAAAUGAAAUCCACUAUUACUUGCAAGCAGCCUCACCCGCAGAGCGUACAGAGUGGAUCAAAGCAAUUCAGGCAGUUGCUAGGACUGGAAAAUGAAGAUGAUCUGCCAGUGAGAAGACAGACAACUGAAAUUAGUUACUCAAAACAAACUAGGAAUUUUAGCAUUUCAGUGACAGAAAGCAAUAUCAUCCAGAAAGGUGUCCUAAGGCUUGGGGGUGAGGGCGGGUAAUACGUUUCAGUUCUAUAGUGGGCACUAACAAACUAACAUUUUUCCACUUGUGUUAUGGUAAUAGUUUACUAAAUUAUAGCAUAGAACAUGUCAUAUUAGUGUGUGCUGCUUGGAAUAAUCAGUCUGCCUUGGGAAGGUUAUACCUUACACCUUUCCCUGCUGCCACAGCUGAUAGAAUUUCACCAUUAACAGGAGAUGCAGUCACGUCACUGACUGUGAGGAACUCAAUUAGUCACCUGCCGUUCAGCCUGUGUUGUGUUUCAGUAUCUUCAGUUACUUCAAAGUCUUCUCAAGAUAAACUUUAUAAUUUCUUCUCUACCAGAUCUUUUUACUGCUUGUUCACCUAUACAAGUAAUGCCAUAGAUUUAAGGAAAGAAAUCAACUCACUUGGAAACCUGAUCAACUCCUUGUAAUCCUUCAGUGUUAAGGAAGGGAAGAGUGCAGACAACUAUGGAAACACCAUGCAGAAAGCAAGUAGAACGCAGUGACAACGGUAUGAGGAAAAGUCUCUACAGUAUUUCAAACACAAAGCGAUCUCAGUUCAACUCCUUUAUCACCUGAUUUUGACCUUUGCUAAAUUUCUCCACAAGAAUCUACUCUAGGACCAUUGUUUCCCUUCAUUUAAGUCUCCAGAGCAGUUUCGAGGGUGUUGUGUACUGCUGAUUUGACCUGUAUUUGAAUUAAGAAUCUUACAGGAGAAGGGAAAGAAUCCAUGGGUUACUUGAACUACUGAUUGAAAUGGUUUUGUUUAGAUUUUUCUUUUUUCAACCUCCAGCAACAGACUCAUCCUUGGUUCCAUGUCUUAGUAAUAUAAGAGAAGCCUUAUGCUUGCUGUAACUAAAAUAAACAUUAUUAUUAGACAGGGUCAGUUUACCUGAUCAAUCUUUACAUUUUUGUGUGACUGUAUGUAUCAAACUUCUAAGUCUUAAGCUUUAAGCAAGAGUUGAAAGUCAAGUUAAUGUCAGAUUCUGCACGUAGACUGUUCCUGAUGCAGACUGAUGUUUCUCAGUGCAAGUAGACUUCAAAACUUUUACAGCCCUGUUCGUAGAUCUAAUUAGGUACCUUAUCCUUAAGAAUUCUUAUUCUGAUCUCUUCAGUCUAAAAACAAAUUUGGAACUAAAGCUUCUCUUCAAUUCUGCUUAAUUAUACCUGUAUCCGAGCUAAUGAGCCAGAAGGUCUUUUGCCUUAGUAUUGCUUAUCACAAAAAACCCACAGCCAUGCAGGGGUAGCAGGCUGGCACACACUGCAUCGUCAUGUCCAUUUAAGACAUCCAGAGGAGACUGGCUUCUGGCAGGCAUUUCCUGUAUCUCACGCAAGCUGACAGGAUCGCGGAAGCCUGCUCUGUCAUUCUGAGGAAGGAAGACUCAUGCCAAAAAGAUACACUGUUUGCUCAGCCUGCUCUGGUGAUAAUUGCUUUGUGGUUGCUGCUUAUUUUUGCUUUCAGAGCUCACUAACCCAAAAAUAUUUUAUGGCACAGGAAAAUAGAAAAAAAAAAAAGCCCACACAACCAAACAACAGAAACUUGCCCAGCUUAGCAAAGGAGGGAUGCAACUGCCAAUUUUUAAUAAAACUAAAAAGUUUUACCAGU